AUGAAGUUCACUGCAUCUGCUGUAUUCUUCUCCCUCGCCAGCCUCGUCGCAUCCGCGAGCAUCUCCAAAAGGAACUGCGUUCCAGCCGCCAAAUUUGGCGCUCUCAGCGCUUUUCCAUCCAUGAUCAGCCCAGGAGAGACACUUAACAUCGCUGUGAACUUUAACUGUGGAGCACAGUUCGGUGUUUCUCCGCAAUUUUUGGAAUACACUCUCGAAGUCCCGGAGAAUGUCAACAACGGCGAACAACCCAUCCUUCUUGCCCAGCGCCCCUUCAGCAUUGCCCCAGGGACGAUUCAGCCAUCUGACAAUUUCGCAUUGCCGCUUCCCCAUGCAUUUUACACACCAGGUGCCACUUACAAUCUGGUUUUGAAUGUUGUGUACCCCACCAAUGGUACAGAUGGAAGCACCGUUCUUUUGAAAGGAAGCACUUCAGUCCCAAUGUCCAUUAGCUCUUAA